AUGGCGGAAGACGGCGGACGACGGCGAGAACGGAGACGGACAGACGGUGCAAAAGCCGCUUUAAGAAGCCAUAGCCACCGCCACGGAGACCGCAAAAUCGAAGAAGCAGGAGAUCCAAGCAAGGGUGUAGACUCAAUCAGCUCUCUACCUGAUGAGAUCCUCCAAAGUAUACUCUCCUUUAUACCAACCAAGAUAGCCAUCAGAACUUCCAUCUUGUCCAAACGGUGGAGGCAUGUAUGGUCCGAUACACCUUCCCUCUCCUUCCAUUUCGUACUUCAUAGGCCGGAAGCUGAUUCGAUAAACAAAACCCUAGAUCGCUACACGGCUCGCAAGAUGAUGUGUUUCCGGCUCUGUACCAGCAUGAUAGACUAUAUUCCUCACAUUGACAGGCUCUCUCGCGUAUGCAUUGAUCAGAUUUUAUCUGGCUGUCCCAUUCUCGAGAGCUUAAAGCUGUAUUUCUGCGAUGAACUUAGGGUUCUUGAUGUCAGGAAAUCGCAGAGUCUGAGAACAUUAGAAAUCGACCGCAACAUUAGGGUUCCGGGUCCGACGCAGAUUGUUGCGCCGCAAAUCCAUUGCCUCAAUUUGCGCAACUCUCAGUUACCAUGUACUCUUGUUGAUGUCUCGUCCUUAACCGAAGCUAGUCUAUAUGUUUGCUUUUCCUCAACUAAAAAACUGACAGCUGAUUUUCUGCAAUACACGUUUCUAAAGAUGCUAGACAAGUUGCAGAAUGUAGAUAAGUUUACUUUCGGGGCAAACUUUCUUGAGAUUUUAUCUCUUGCCGAGCUUAGUGGUGUUUCUUUUCCGAGCUUCAAGGUCAAAGAUUUGACGUUUAAGACAAUGGUCUCUCAAUAUGUAGUUCCUGGCUUAGUAAGGUUGUUACAAAACUCACCCGAAUUGAAGAAGCUAACAGUACGCACAAGGAAACCCGGCACCACACCAGAGAGACUGAUCAUUGACAAGUACUUGGAAUUGCAAGGCUUGAAUCCGGAUCAAUGGUGGAGCUCGGAAGCGAGGGUCGUCGAUAAGGUUGCUUCGUUCAUGGAGCUCAUGCUUAAAAGAUCAAAGACGUUAGAGAAGAUGGUCGUAAAGUUGGAAGGUUAUCUUGAAAGAGAACAUUUUGAAGAGUUGCUUGGGAUGGUUCCAAUGCUCUCUCACAACAACAACAAUGUCUCCAUUGUGCUUAGCAGCUGA